AUGGUAGACCAAAUCACAAAAUCUCUUUUUUAUAGACUAGAUUAUUAUUUUUGGCCCUAUAUUGCAACAAACAAAUUAUCAAUGACUAUUUUUAUAGGACGCAAAUGAUGAGCAGUUUAUCGAAGCAUCUGUACUAUUAUAUGUCUAAUAUUAUUUGGAUUUAGCAUCAUUUUAUCUUCAAGCUUCAAGUUUCUUCUUCAAUUCGGCAGCUGAAGCAUGAUUUUAACUCUGCUUUUCUUUUUCCUUUUACUGAUAAAUUAUCAUUACAAGAAACUAUGAAAACUCACACAUAUUUUAUAUGAAAUGACCUGGUGCUUUAAUUGGACAUCAGUUAUCAUUCAUUGGGGAAUUAUCUUUUGGAUGCAGCCAGAGGGCUCCAAUUUGUAUAUAACAGUAGGUUUGCAUGGAGGAUUAUUAAUUUUAUUAAUACUCGAAUCACUGAACAACCAAAUAUGAUUUUAUGCUCGACACCUGUACAUUAUUUGCAUUCUUUCAUUAUUAUACUUUAUCAUGAUCAUGACAUAUUCACUAGCCGUCGAAAAAAUAUAUGAUAGUUUUUCAUUUAAAGACGCCAAAACCUACCUAAUUCUCCUAACCUCACUAAUUAUAAUAAUCCUCUCCUUUAUUUCAGGCUCCAUCUUAGACAAAUUCAAAUCCAGACACGCAGCAAUCGAAGUAAUCCCAGAAAAUGGCUAUACCUAUGACGAACUCCAAGAUACCACAAAAUCCUUUAAAUAA